GUCCCACGAUGCAGCGCGGCGACCGCGGGGGCCGGGGGUUUGAACGGAGGGUCUCCCGACCGCUGUAGGGCUGCGUCGGCUGCGACGGGUGCGGGCGACGGCGACGGCCGGGGCAGGGGUCCAGGCCCGGAGGCUGAGGCUGGCGCGGCGGGCGCUGGGGGCCCUGCCCCCGAGGCGAUGAUGGGCAAGGAAGAGGAGAUUGCGCGGAUCGCCCGGAGGCUGGACAAGAUGGUGACCAAGAAGAGUGCGGAGGGAGCCGUGGACCUGCUGCGGGAGCUGAAAGCCAUGCCUGUCACGCUGAGCCUGCUGCAGUCUACACGGGUUGGCAUGUCUGUCAACGCCCUGCGGAAGCAGAGCUCUGAUGAGGAGGUCAUCGCGCUGGCCAAGUCUCUGAUCAAGUCCUGGAAGAAGCUCCUCGACGCCUCCGAUGCCAAAGCCAGGGAGCAGAGGAGGGGUGGGCCUCUCCCCACAUCGUCCUCGAAGGAGGCCCCCGAGGCCAAGGAUCCCAGCCGCAAGAGGCCAGAGCUACCCAGGAUGCCGCCGGCACCGAGGAUCACCACGUUCCCGCCGGCGCCGGUCACGUGCGACGCAGUGCGCAGCAAGUGCCGGGAGAUGCUGGCCGCGGCCUUGCGGACCGACCAUGACCACAUGGCUGUUGGCGCGGACUGCGAGGGCCUGUCGGCCCAGAUUGAGGAAUGCAUCUUCCGGGACGUGGGAAACACAGACAUGAAGUACAAAAACCGUGUGCGGAGCCGCAUCUCCAACCUCAAGGACGCUAAGAACCCCGACCUGCGGCGGAACGUUCUGUGUGGUGCCAUCACUCCCCAGCAGAUCGCGGUCAUGACGUCGGAGGAGAUGGCCAGUGAUGAGCUGAAGGAGAUCCGGAAGGCGAUGACCAAGGAGGCUAUCCGAGAGCACCAGAUGGCCCGCACGGGGGGCACUCAGACGGACCUGUUCACCUGCGGAAAGUGCAGGAGGAAGAAUUGUACCUACACGCAGGUGCAGACGCGCAGCUCUGAUGAGCCCAUGACCACCUUCGUUGUCUGCAAUGAGUGUGGAAAUCGCUGGAAGUUCUGCUGAGCCCUCCUUGAGAUGUGCGUGAAGCCUCAGCCUGUGGCCAGCACAUUGCUGCGGCCUCCCCGUGUCCUCUGUCGACAGACACUGCUUCUUGACAGCUGCCCUGUGCCCACCUAAACUUCCCCAGAGGGCUGCGCACCCUGCUCCCCAACCUUGCCUGUGGUACACCUUUCUUCCUCUUUCCCCCAAAUUAUUAAAGAUUUCUUUUUGCCAUUCUGA